ACUUUGACAAGUUAAUACUUAGGUGUGUAAGUAGGUACUUGCCUAGUGGUCUAUGCAUCUAUAGUGGUACAGCAACUUUGGUAGGUACAAUCAGAGUGGGUAUGUAGUUUUAGCAAGAGCCAGGUACCAACCCAACACUCAAGGUUGCCGCACCCUUUUAAAAUGUCACCAAAUAGGUAGACGAUACCUACCGGCAUAUCUACAACGAACGGGGGCUUUCUAAGACCUCAACCCCAAUCUGAUGUCUUGUGCCGCUAUGCACCUCUCGUCAUCAAUGUCCCAAUGUCCGCCAACAAAUUUUUAAAUGGCGACCUUCCAGCCCACUCAACGCAGAAAAGUUCGCGUAAGCUGAAUCUCAGCGCCUCGAACCCCUCCAUUCGCGAUGCCUCGUCCAUCGCCGACGUUCGCGCUAGCCUGGCUGCACUCCAUACUCGCGAAACCGCCAUAACGAAUCGCCUGGGCUCUCUCGUCUCUUCCCAAGCCGAUCUGUCCCGCGAAUUGGGUCGGCUUGAUCUACUGCGUGCCAACCUAGGUUCCCAGGUUAUCGCAACCAGGUCAAUCAGCAAUGGCAUGCUAUCGUCGGCCGCUGAGACCGCCGGUCGACUUUCCAACCGAGUCAAAGAGCUGGAUCUGGAAAAAGACAGGGUACAGCAGACUUUGAAGGUUGUCGAACAAGUUGCUGAGCUCAAAGCUUGCGUCCAUGGCGUGGUUGGCAGUAUGGGGGCACCCCAGGAUUGGGAAGCGGCAGCAGGCUACAUAUCGCGCGCGAGCAAAGUACCCGAGCCCAUCAUACGGGGUGGAUUCGCAGCAUCCAUAGUACCGAGUGUUGAAGUCCCCGAUGCCCCUUGGGUAACUCUAGAGAACUCCAAAGAAAGUCUCUGUGGUUUAUUUUUACGCGAGUUCGAAAAGGCAGUUAAAGAUAGCGACGGCGCCAAGAUUACCCGGUUUUUUAAGCUAUUUCCUUUAAUUGGAAGAGGUGAUGUUGGUCUAGAUGUGUACGGCAGAUAUGUAUGCCAGGGAGUUGCCGGCACUGCGCGAGCAACUUUAAGAGAAGUGGCUGGUAGUACUGGGAGAAAUGACAGUUUUUUCUAUGCUAAUGCCCUGACAAAACUAUUUGAGCACAUCGCUCAGAUUGUCGAGAGUCAUGGCAGUCUCGUCGAGAGGCACUAUGGAGAGGGCAAGAUGGUCAAAGUUAUCGAAAGGCUACAGAUGGAAGCUGAUGUACAAGGCGGCAUCAUAUUAGAUUCUUGGAGCGACGACAGGAAUGUAAGCAGACGACUUACAGAUGUGAAGAGUUAUCCUUUCUCCUUUCUAGUGCAAAGCUUCUUGCCGCCACAGAAGACACUUGGCGCGACCCCUCGCAUGAACUCACCUGCGAUUGGUGGUGGGACUAACCCUCGCGCCAGUGAAGAUGAGGGUGUUAAUAUGAAGGAAAUUGACGGGCUCCUCAAUGAAAUAUCUGUCAUGCUUGGGCGUUGGUCACUAUAUAGUAGAUUCCUGGCCGGGAAGUGCAAGGGCUCGGAUACCCCAGAAAAUACUGCACUUUCAAUACCGACGUUAUUGAGUAACUCAAACCUCCAAAGAAAGGUCUCCGCAAAGCUCGUUGAGCCCUACAACUUCAUGUCAACAUUCUUCUUCAGGAGAUCUGUUGAAAAAGCGUUUCAAUUAGAUGAAUCCCCACCCGGGUUAUCUCUAAACCUCAAUAAACCUAUCGAAGCGAAUGCACCCUUCAUUAUUUCGGCUGUUGAUGAUGUCAUGUAUAUCGUCAGCGCAGUCAUUCAAAGAUCUAUCUCUACCUCUCAGCGUGAAGUGGUAUCUCACGUUGUUUCAUCAAGUGGCAGGGUACUUGAAUCUGACUUCAUUAAGAUGAUGCACCAGAAGAUGCAAAAUGAAUCAUAUCCACGAGCCGCCGUACAGGGAGGCAUGCCACCAGAAGACAAGAUCGUCGCAUUUAUUGUUUUAAUUAAUAGUCUUGACGUUUCUAACGAGUACUUGGCUCGAAUUAUAGCCACUCGAGUUGGCAGUUCACCAGACCACCCUAAUGGAACUACUCAACCCAACCCGCUUGCUGCUUCGUUCCCCUUUGACAACGACAUCGUACUCGUUACAUCUUCUCUUAAGAACCUACAUUCAACAUUCUCCGCAAAGGCGACCGAGCUCGUUAAUGAUGGUUUGCAGGUCCUUUUCAACCAGGUGGUCAGGCAAAAACUACGAGCGAUUAUGGCUGAAGCAUUCCGAGACGCAGAUUAUUGGCGGACGGAAGAAGAGCUAGCGGAAAUAGCUCUACAAAAUGACGAAGAUGAGGACGAACUUACAGACCGAGUACCACGGCGCUUUGAGCAGGGAUGGGACGCGCUCAUGAAACCUAUAGCACGGCUUAUGACAACCAAGACAUAUAACACGCUACUAGAAUUAACCGCAACGCACCUCUCAAAACAGAGUUUAGAGAAAAGAAUAUGGAGUUAUAGCGGUAAGACAAAUGCGUACGGAGCGAUUCGCAUGGAGCGGGACUUCAACGGAAUCAUCAGCACAGUGGCAAAAGGGAAUUACAGCGUGAGGGAGUUAUUCAAUAGAGUUUCACAGAUCCUCAUGGUUGCCAAUAUGGAAGAUGACGAGUGGGAAGAAUUGGCAGAUGCGGGCGAUGACGGUGGCAUCGAAUGGGUACUCAACCAAGAGGAAAGACGUAGAGCGCGGAACCUUGUUCGCGAGUGAAUACAUUGGCAUAUAGAAAAAGCAUGAUCCCAUAGAUCUCUCACCGUUGCCACGAGUUUAUGAAUACGUAAAUAUGUAACAUGCGCUUAACUUCUACAUAUCUACCCGACCUGUUAGAGACUGCCUCAAUCUUACUAUGAUCGCUUCGAAUUUCUGAUAUACUUGAAGAUCAAAUACUUAGAUUACGAAGUAAG